UUGCACCAUUGGCACAUAAUGAAAUAGUCGCUCAUAAUCUCUUUCCUACUUUACGUACAUGUCCAUGAACAGUGCUUAAACAUGAUUCGUUUGUCGUAAAAUAGGAUUUAAAAAAAAGAAAAACAACGCCGUCUAAACGUAGUGCUACGUCAAAUCGCGUUCGUACGACGAUGGCUGCUUUGACCGCCGGUGUGCAAUAUAGUUUGUCUUCGAACCAGAACAAUGGCUUGAUGACCAAACAGAGGACGACUAAAAACAAAACAUUGUUUUUUGUCAAGCUUACCGAUUCCUGUUUGAAAGCUGUCGAGGAUUACUUAAGAUGUUGCCAACAGGGCAACUCAGAAAAUCUUCCUAAACCUAGAAUACAAUUUAAAGGAAACGAAGGUCAAUUAUGUGUACCCAGUAUAUCAAAAAAUUAUACAUUUGACUUUAGUUUAUCCAAUACAACAGAUGUUGCUGGACCUCGCAGCAGUUUUGAAUGUAUUCGACAAAACACAUCAAGAUCAUUGGAGUAUGUUGGUACUUUAAAUAGACGUAUGCGAAUAUUAGCAAAUGAAGAUGUAUAUGAAGCUACUAGACAUAGAAUGGUUGCUGUAGAAGAAUUACAUAAAAAAUCAUGUACACGAGAAAUUGAACUCGAUAGUAAAUCUGCUCUGAGCCGAAAAAUUAGAAGAAAUCCUGCCCAAAUAAGAGCCAAUCGUCAUAAUAAUAAUAAUAAUAAUAAUAAUAAUUCAAAUACAAAUAAUAUAAAUAAUACACUAAAUCACGUUCCAAAACCUAUAAUUUCAAAACCUAUACCUCCACACAUAGCAUCAUCACCUGUUAGCCAUGCAUCUGAUAUCAGCAAAAAACCAUUACGAGACAGAAUUAUUCAUCUUUUAGCAUUAAGACCUUACAAAAAACCAGAAUUAAUUAGUGUAUUAAAUAGAGAUGGUUUAAAAGAUAAAGAUAGAACUCAAAUUAUGUCAGUUCUUAGUCAAGUAGCUCAACCUAAAGAUAAUGUUUAUUAUCUUUUAAGGCAUAUUUGGAAUGAUGUUCAAGAAGACUGGCCUUUUUAUUCUGGUCAAGAUCAUAUUGUUUUAAAACGGAGGAAACCUCAAAAUUUAACUCCUCCGGGUUUAAGUGAUACUGGCAGUUCUGGAAGCAGUGAACAAUCACCUAGUAGCACUGUUCCCAGUAGUCCUCCUAAUAAUCUGCAUGGUAAUAAACGGCCUGGUUAUUACAAUGGAGCUGAUGGUUUCCAAACCAAAAGAAUGCGGAUCUCGCAUUUCAAACCGCCUUUACCCGAAAAAAAAUUAUCCUCAAAUAGUCCUCCCCCAAUUGUUUCUAGCACCCAGUCAAAUUUACGGUCUCCUACACAUGCUCCAGUCCAAACUAUACCAAAAUAUAUCCAAGAUUUUGUAAGAAUCACCAAUAAGGAUCAAAAGAAACAAUAUAAAUCUGAAUUUAUGAAAUGUCAUAAAGAAUAUAAACAUUUAGCUGAAAUAAUGGACCCUGUACGCAAUAAGUUUGCAAAGUUAAAAGAUAAAAUGUUAUUAUAUCCCAAAGGUUCAAAUGAAUAUAAAAUUUUAGAAAACCAAAUAUUACAAGAAUAUAAUGAAAGAAAACAUGAUGAUAAAUAUCAAGCAGCUAAAGCACGGUUUGAUUAUUUACAUAAUAAGUUAUCACAUAUCAAAGAUCUUGUACAUGAUUAUGAUAAACACAAUCCAGUGUUAAUUAGAACUGCAACACCUGAUUCUUCUUGUUUGUGAGCAAUCAAUUAUAGAUAAUAAAUUUCUUUUGAAUAAAAUGUAUAAAUAUUCUA